UCGUUUUUUACUUGGCUUUAUAUUGACCUAUAUUGUAAUAUACCGGCAACUUUUUAACAUACAUAGAUUGCAACAGAUAUGAGGAAGUAAAAAAGGGAGUUAAUAUGAGUAAUAGUAUGAGUAGUAGUAGUAUGAGAAAUAUAGGCUAAUAUUAGAUUGGGGAAUUUGCUGAGAAAGAUAUGGAAAGUACACAAUUUUCUAAUUAAUUACUUAAGAGUAAAAUGAACAAUAGAAAUAAUUUAGAUGUUUUUUUUCCCCCUGCUAAUGUAUUUUUCCACACUCCAGUCCAGUAAGUGGCGGUGAAGCACAUGAAAACUAAAGUAGGAACUUUACACCUCCUCCGGUUUGUUUCCCGGUCGGCUGCUUUUAAUCGGUGCACACUGAGAGCUUACCGGAUGUUGAUUGUUGGUUCACAUGUCUUCAGUAAAAAAGCACAUUUCUCAUCCUGCAGUGUGUAAACUAUUUAACUAAACGUAGAGAUAUAAGUGAGGAUGUCGGCAUCGUUGAUCAGGAGAGGACUGGAGCUGCUGAGCGACGAUAUUAAAAAUGUCAGUAAAGGGAAGAAGAAGAAGACGACGCAGCAGCAGCAGAAGAAGACACCCAGCUCGGCCACUGUGAUGGAUCUGGUGAGCACCAAGCGGCAGGGAGUCACCAAGCAGGUCAAACGGCUGCAGGGUCGCCUCGGUCCCGGCAAGAGCAAAGCUACCGUCAAAGACAAGAGGAUCAAGUCUGCCGUGGAGGAGUUCAGGAAGAAGCAGGGGAAGAACCAGAUGAGUAGUAACCUCAAGUACUUCAUGGAAACCACCUGCAAAGCAACAGAUUCUGAUACUUUGAAGAUCCUGAGCCACCACACAGGCAGACAGUCCAGGAAUCGCCCCGAGAAACUUGCCAAGAAGGCCAAGGAGCCGGAGUCCUUGUUUACAGAGGAAGACUUCCAGCAGUUCCAGAAGGAGUAUUUUGGCAGGACUGUGGAGAAGAAGUGAAAGUCGCCCCAAACACAAGACGCUGCAGCCUCGGAGAUAACAGCAGGGCUGCCGUUUGUGGAGCUUGAAGAGUGGAAGUCGAUUUCUGGACCAGACUGACUCAACAAUGAAACAAAAAACUUUGAAGAGAAGUGAUUGUAUGAGCUGAACGUGUACCAGUAAUAUGUGACCGCAUACACACAUUGUUGCAUUCAGGGAACCACGUUUUUUUUUUUUUUGUGCCUGACUCAUACAAUGUGCUGUAAUGUUUGGGUAAAUGAUCAGAUGCGGACAUUGAUUCUAAAGAAUUUGUAACAUCAUUACAAAAGAUGAACUGCACGUUCAACACUUCUCAUCUGUGAAUGACUCAUAACAGAUGUCGGCAAAGUGCGGCCAGUAGUCAUUUCACAACGUACUCAAAUGUAAGUUUCGGACCUUUGUUAUGUAGUGAAACCUUUCAUAUGUGUCAUAUAUGUCGUUUUCUUUCACUUUGUUUUCACGAGUUGCAAAUUGAAUAUUUGUAAAGAAAAGACACACAAGUAUGCGUUGAAUUUGUUGAACAUCCCGUUGUCAAAAU